AUGACUCGGAAGAAAAGCAACCCAUCGAUGAGAAAUUCUACUCAAGAAACCAAAACAUCCAGUCAAGCGACAGCUCCUGGAACUUCGCAUCGACCCCAUAACAAAAUUGGUUGGUUCCUGAAGAAACUCGAGGAGGAUGUGAAAAAGUUAACAGAUUCCUGCAGUCUUAGCCCUGCUCCCAGAAAUGUCCAUCAUGAUGAACAUGCUUCAUCGACCCCAGAUAUUGUGGUUCAGGCUACUUCGUCUAAUGUGGAGGCUGAUACCCAAUCCGCAGUUCAGGAUGCACAACAGAGUGCAAAUUGCAUGCAUCCACUUUUGGGACCUGCGAUAACUGCAGCAUCUGUUGUCAAAGGUGCACAAGAGGAUCUGGAUGAUGCUGACAGUCUCCAGGAGACAUAUCUCAAACCCCUCAGGAUAUUCGACGAUGUUAUUGGGAAGAUUGCAGAUCUACAUCCGUAUGCAAAGAUGGCACUGGGCAUGUUAUCUUGGACAGCCAAAGUUAUUCUAGCUCAAGCGGAUCGCGACGCAGCAGUACUCGAACUUCUCAAGAAGCUGUCUGAAGUUUAUGACUUCAUGACACAAGACAGGAAGCUUAACCAAAAAUUGUCUACAGACCAGCAACUUUUGUGA